AUGAAUAAUUUUGCAGACAAUCAUCAGAAAGUCCCACCAUCAUAUGAGGCAGCAAUCGGCUCAAACACAAAUGUCGGUGGGCCUUUUCCAUCAUUUCCACAACCAUCUUGUAACCCUGCAUAUAUACCACAAGCUGUCAAUCCUACAUUAUCAAAUUCUUCUACGAUGCACCCAAACUCACAAGCCGUUAUUGGUGUACCAGUUUUUGGAGAAUAUGGCUAUCCAAUGAUUUUCCCUAAUGUUAUGCAAGCCCGUUCCACUUUAAUAGCAUUCCUAAUUUUUGUGGUACUGUUAGUUUUUACGUUUGUAAUUUUAUGUGCUGUGCUCCUGAAACGGAGCGACUCGAAUUUGGCUUCAACGAAUCGAAUGAUUUUCAAGCACUGA